AUGCAUUACGGAAUAAGAAUAAUAUAUUUUAUUUUAUUUCAAUAUGUCAAUACAAUACGAAAUCCAUUACUUGUUCAUAUUGCAGCACAUCACUUGAACUUAGAACAACAAGGUCGUGCAAGUGCAACUGAACCAUAUAUCUAUCGACAUCGUUUAAUAACACGAUCAACAACAACACCAUCGAUAACAAUAAAUAAUUAUGAUUUCUAUUCAACAUCAACAUUAACAUCAUUUCUGAAUUAUUAUCAACCAUCACCAACAUUUAUUAAUGAAUAUAUAUCAUCAAAUCAAACAGAAAAUAUAUGUCCAAGACAAAAAAAUGUUCAUAGAAAUUGUCAACGUUCAUGUCAUGGAAUAAAUCAAAAUACAAAUUGUCGUCAACAAAAAAUUUGUAUAUGUGAUCAUAAUUGUGGAUUUUCUUGUCUUUCAAGAACUAUUAUAACUGAACGAUAUCUUUGUCCAAUACUAAAUAAUCCAGCACAUGGUCGAAUAAAUUAUGAUGGUCAUUCAUUUUAUAGUCGUCUUGUUUAUGAAUGUAAUCCAGGUUAUACAGUUGUUGGACCUAAAGAACGUAUUUGUGUUAGUGAUGGUUUUUGGGAACCAGUUGUUGAUGUUUAUUGUAUACGUAAAGAUGAAGUUUGUAUAAUGGAUAAUUUAAUAAUAAAUGGUGAUUAUACACCAAAACAACAAGUCUAUUAUCCUGAUCAACAAAUACGUAUUGAAUGUAAUCUUGGUUAUGAACUUGAUCGAUUAUCUCAUGUACAAACGUGUUUAAAAAAUGGAACAUGGUCACCAUUAGAAACUCCAAGAUGUUUAAAAUCUCCAUGUGGUGAACCACCAUCAAUACCAAAUGCAUAUGUUGUUAAUACUACAUCAACUUAUGCACAAUAUUCUUGUUUUGAACGAUAUAUAUUAAAAGAUUCAAUAUCAAAAAUUGAAUGUAAACAUGGUCGGUGGCAAAAUAUUCGACCACAAUGUAUUGAAGCAAUGUGUCGACAUCCAAUAUUAGAUGGUUUUAAUGGUUAUGUUUUAAGUUCACGUUCAAUAUUUCCAUCUGGUGAAGGUACAGGUCUGACAUGUAAUAGUAGUACUAGUGCACAUUUUGAUCUUAUUCCAAUGAUUGAUUAUAUCGUAUGUGAUAAUCAUGGCAUAUGGAAACCAAUAUUACCAAAAUGUUAUGCAAAAUGUCGUUUACCGAAUUUAGGAAAAAAUUUAAUUGGUUAUUAUUUAGAUGAUAAUACUAAUGAAUGGUAUGGAAAAGAAUUACAAUCAGGUGCCUAUAUUCGACAUGGUUAUUCAGUUAAAUAUUUAUGUCAUUGUCAAUCGACACCAAUGCAAAAUUGUUCAUUCAUGAAACCAUCAUCUGUUCAAUGUAAUGAUGGUGAAUGGACCAAUGGUGGUCCUUAUUGUCGAGAAAAAGUUUCUGGGAAGUGUCAAAUUCCAUUUGAUAUUCCAUAUGUAUUAUUGAAUAACAAUACAGAAUUAAAAAAUAUAAUAAACGACGGAGAAUCAUUUGAUUAUGAUUGUAUUCAUGGUUAUGCACGCAUGACCAAUGUGACAUGCAUACAAGGAUAUCUAACACCACAACCAUUAUGUGAACCAAAAAAUUGUACAACUCAUCCUUAUUGGAUUAAGAACGGAUAUGUUAAAUAUCAUAAUAGACGACAUGGUGGUCAUGCUGAAUAUUCAUGUCGUAAUGGUUAUAAAUUAAGUAAUCAACGGAUUCUACGAUGCUUAUUUGGUCGAUGGGAAUCACCUUAUGAUCGAGAUAAUCUUGUACAAUGUAUUGCAGAUAUUUGUUUACAUCCAGGUGUUAUUCGUAAUGGAAAAACUUUUGUUGUUAAUUAUGGUACAUCACGUUAUAUACUUUCAGCUAAUGUUUCAUUAAGUCAUGGAGCUUCAUUACAAUUUGAAUGUGAACCUGGUUUUAUGCUUGUUGGUAAUCGUGGUUCGACCUGUUUUUCAGGCAAAUGGCGACCUGAUCAGUUACCAAUAUGUAUUCAGGAUCGACAUGUGUCCUUGCAACAUACAUUACACAAGUUUGUCAGCAAAGGAUGA